AUGUUCAAUAUAUUCGGCGAGAACAACCAGAAUAACCCGACCGGGUUUGACUCCAUGCUAGAGAUAUUACCCGAGGAGUUGGACGUUAAUUGGGUAGGAGCUUUUACCAGCACUGGAAGCUCCGAACAGUCACGGUCACGUUCACAACAAGCACUGCUGGGCGAUGAAGAGACCUUACAACACGAGGAUUUGGCUCCUAUGCAGCCCCCGGUCGAUGUGAUGAACCAGCAAAACGGUGAAAUUGCGCAGUUGUGGAGUUUUAACGUUGAUGAAUUCAUGAUGACUCCCACAGACACGAGCGAUUCUGCUACUAUAAGUGCUCCGAAUAGCUAUAAUUCAGAGAACUGGACUCCUCUGAAUGGUAGUUCCAAUUUCGCGCAACUUCUGAGUAGCCCAUUCCAUCAGGAUGUCAAGAAUUCAGACCAUAUGGGCAGUUCGUUCUCUAGGGCAGGUGACGAAGGAGCUGGUAUCCCCUUUAGACCCACGAUACCGUCUCGAAGGUCGUCGUCUCAGAUACCGAAAAAUUUGGCCGACGACGGUGGCAUACCGCUGUCGUCGUCGUCGACAGCAAACUCCGUGCGGAAAAGUUCCGUGACGCGGCCGAUGUCGUCGUCAUCGUUGUCGUCUUAUCGGCAGGGUUCCACACAAGAAGUACCAAAGAAACCGCAGGUGCAAUGUUUUAACUGUGAGACUUUCAAGACUCCGCUCUGGAGACGAGACGCGCAAGGAAAUACGCUCUGUAACGCUUGUGGUCUAUUCCAAAAGCUUCAUGGAACGAUGCGGCCGCUGUCGCUGAAAAGCGACAUCAUUAGAAAGAGAAAUACGAAGAAGAGGGCCAAGAAGUCGACAGCUGCAGCAGUAGCUGAUACCAAGGACAAAAAACCCCUGAAAUCGGCGAGUCCGGCCAAGAGACCCGAACCCAUCAAUAUCAACAUCGAUCCAUCAUUUCAGACUAGUUACUCGGCAAGCGCACCUCGCACCGAGCCCACAAGUACCAAAGGCAGAGAAGAAACUUCCGUUUCGACGGCUUUAACCACCACGUAUGCGACAACUUCUUCAUCGCAAGUUCCAGCUAGUGCUGUAUUCAGCGUGGGCGAUCCCAAUACCGAAACACCUUCCAAUCAGCUCGACUCCAGCAAUCUACUUAACCAUAAUAAGCGCAUAAUGGCCUCUGCCGGACCAGGAUCGGCACGAAAGUCUCGGAGGUCCAGUACUUCCAGUUCCGCUUCAAAUUCAAGCAACAGGUCUUCAUCUUCGAGAUCAGUUGUACCAAUUCUACCGAAGCCAUCCUCAAACAGUUCUACUCCACAGGCUCAGUUCCAAUUUCUCAACAGUCACCCAAGUAGUGGAGGUGAAAGCGCCGCAUCGUCGCCACGGUUUUCCAACUCCCCUCGUGCAUCUUUUGGCGCAUCAAGCCCCUUGCCUCAAUCCGCUGGCCAGACUUUGUCAAGUUCCGGCAGUCGGCCGGGCAUGGUUAUACCGCGCAGAAAAUCAUCUCGCAAAAUGAUGUCUUCAUCAUCUUUCAUGGCAGCUUCGCUGCAGCAGCAUCAUCAACAACAGCAGCCCCAACAACAAGCCGCACCUCAGACUUUGGCUCUAGCGAGCAGCUCUAAUUCGACAAUAUCUGCCCCGGGUUCUUGGCAAUCGGGUUCCAAUUCUGUACCGUCUCCCAAAACGGGCAGGUCCCCACGCUCGCCUUUCGACUUGUUUUCCCCUUCAGAAGUACAAUCGCGGCCUGCGUCCCGCAAAUCACAGACUUCUUUACUUUCUCAGCAGUUACAACAGGCGACAAUAUCUUCGCAGUUCCAGUCUUUGGGAUCUCAGACUCAAAUGGCUCCUAAUAACGCCAACGGCAGCGGGCCAACUUCUGGCCUUGCUACUCCACAACCCAUAUCCCUCAAAAGAUCUUCUGCCACAGCAUCGCCCAGGCACAGCUAUGUUGACUCAAUACAACAGCAGAGAGGCGUUUAUGCCGAUUCGAACGGUCGCAGAAGUAGCUCUUUAAGAGCCGAUACUGUACCACCACCACCACCUUCAAAUGGCCAAAAACCCAAAGAAGUCGUUAUGGAGGACCUCGAAUGGCUCAAAUUUGGACUUUAG